ACCCACUUCCCCGGGCUUAUAAACCAUCGCUGUCCUCAGAGCGCCGAAACCGCCUGCCGCCCGCUCCGCCCAGGCAGCCCUGCAGCAUGGCCUGGAACACCAACCUCCGCUGGCGGCUGCCGGCCACCUGCCUGCUGCUGCAGGUGGCCAUGGUCGUGCUCUUUGGCUUUUUCGUGCGCUACGACGCCGAGGCUGAUACCCACUGGUCGGAUGAAAGGCGGCGCAGGAACAUAUCUAGCAACCUGGAGAACGAAUUCUACUACCGCUACCCGAGCUUCCAGGACGUGCACACGAUGGUCUUCGUGGGCUUCGGUUUCCUCAUGACCUUCCUGCAGCGCUAUGGCUUCAGCGCCGUGGGCUUCAACUUCCUGCUGGCGGCCUUCGGCAUCCAGUGGGCGCUGCUCAUGCAGGGCUGGCUCCGCUUCAUGGAGGACGGCCGCAUUAUACUAGGCGUGGAGAACCUGUUUCCCCACAGCCUCAUCAACGCGGACUUCUGUGUGGCCUCUGUCUGUGUGGCCUUUGGGGCACUUCUCGGCAAAGUCAGCCCUGUCCAGCUGCUCAUCAUGACCUUCUUCCAAGUGACCCUCUUCUCGGUGAAUGAGUACAUUCUCCUCCAGCUGCUGGAGGUGAAGGAUGCAGGAGGCUCCAUGACUAUCCACAUAUUUGGCGCCUACUUUGGGCUUACAGUGACCUGGAUCCUCUACCGACGCAACCUACAGCAGAGCAAGGAGAGGCAGGACUCUGUGUACCACUCGGACCUCUUUGCCAUGAUCGGCACCCUCUUCCUGUGGAUGUACUGGCCCAGCUUCAACUCAGCCACAUCCUACCAUGGGGAUGGCCAGCACCGAGCUGCUAUCAACACAUACUGCUCCUUGGCGGCCAGCGUGCUCACCUCAGUGGCGAUAUCCAGCGCCCUGCACAAGAAGGGCAAGCUGGACAUGGUGCACAUCCAGAACGCCACGCUGGCAGGAGGCGUGGGUGUGGGGACCGCAGCUGAGAUGAUGCUCAUGCCUUACGGCGCCCUCAUUGUUGGCUUCUGCUGUGGCACCAUCUCCACCCUCGGUUUUGUGUACCUGACGCCCUUCCUGGAGUCCCGGAUGCGGAUCCAGGACACAUGUGGCAUUCACAACCUGCAUGGCAUCCCUGGCAUCAUAGGUGGCAUCGUGGGUGCGGUGACAGCCACCUUCGCCCAGCCCGAUGCGUAUGGACAACCAGGGCUUGCCCGUUCCUUUGACUUUCAAGGUUUAAGGACAUCCUGGACCUCAAGAAUGCAGGGCAGUUUCCAGAUUCUGGGCCUCUUGGUGUCCCUGGGCAUGGCUCUGGCAGGUGGCAUCAUCGUGGGGCUCAUUUUGAGAUUGCCUUUCUGGGGACAACCGGCUGAUGAGAACUGCUUCGAAGAUGCAAUCUACUGGGAGAUUCAUGAGAAGAGUCCUGUCUACACCCCCGAGGACCCCACCAAUAAGCUCCAGGCAACCUCAGCUCCUGUGGGACCUUCAAUACUCUCAGCAACCUUGGUAUCCUCAGCACCCUCCUUACCAACUUCAGUGCCCUCAGCACAUCUGGCACCCCCGUCACACUUGGCACCCCCAGCACACUUGACACCCUAAGGUCCUGGAGCAGGUGAGAAGAAGGCUCCAGACUGUCCCAGGGCUCUAGAAGAAGCCAGCACUAACUUAACUGGGGACACAGAGCCAGCGAGCAGCGCCCUCUGGCUGGCCCGACACCAGGGCACCUCUGCCCUUCCCUCCCUUCAUCCCAGGGAGCCUGUCUGAGGUUAGAGGAAGAGGAGCGACAGAUGACACGGGUGGCCCAGCCAGCCAGGUUCUGCCUGCAAGAGGGCUGUCCCUGCCUGGGGUCCUAAGAACAGGCCCACAGUGGGGCUGGGGCCUGGGGUUCGACCUAAGCCCUCCCCAGGAGCCCACCACCUGCCCACCAUCACCCCUGCCUAGGCCUGCGCCAGCACUUCCCAUGCCCUCAGACCGCUCUGUGUCAUGUGAGUGGUAGCCUCCACAAAUAAACCUUCUUUGUACAAUGAG